AUGACUCAAUAAAGACCUCCUAUUCCAAAAUUCAAUGUUGACUUCUUAACCCAUAAAGUUGAGACGACAUUGCUAGAGGAAGUUCAACAUCUGAUAUUCAAAUUGAAUCUGGAUUUUGAGAUAGAAAAAAAAGCAAUCAGAAUCAUAAAGUAGACUCCACUGCCAAAUAACCAAACAGCAGCUCGUGGAGUUAUAUUGUAUUGUUUAAAAGAGUUUGGAAAGAAACUGCCUAAGGUUGAUACCAAAUUGGAAUAAAUUAUAAAAUACAUUGAAAAAUAGCAGGCCAGUAAUUUCACAUUUGUUUGUAAAAAAUUGGGAUUUUGUGAUUAAGUUUCUGAAAUCUGUGUAAUCUUAAAGAAAUAGUUAAAUUACUUAAUUGGAAGAUUAGAAUAAAAUUUACAAGUGGCAUUGACAGUUAAAAUUGCAGCCGAUAUUUUUUUUUUAUAAUAUGGAGGAUUGAAUACAAGGAUUUUAUCAGAAAUUACUUAAGUUAAUGAAGAGAAAUUAAAGUCAUCUCUUAAUCGGAUAACUCCCUUCUCAGAAAAAAUCAUAUCAGAUCUUAUAAACCACUAUAAUGAAACCCUACUCUGA